AUGUCUUCAUCUCCAUCAACGGACGAUAGCCGCUUUGGCUCCUCUAUGCAGGAAUUCAAACUCUUCGAGACUCAAUCGAACUUUUACAUGAUUGGUUGGGAUGAGAGUGGAGUUUACAGAGUACUAAAGAUAGACCGUCUUGAUCCGUCUGAGCUGAACAUUAGUGAGGACUCGACUCCUUACACGAAGAAAGAAUGCUACGAGUUGCUAAAACGGAUACACGAAGGAAACAAGGCCACAGGUGGGCUGAGACUUGUGACUCUUUGCUAUGGCAUCAUUGGCUUUAUUAAGUUCUUGGGACCUUACUACAUGCUGCUUAUAACUGAGAGAAGACAAAUAGGUGUGGUUUUUGGUCACAGCGUCUAUGCGGUAUCAAAGAGCGAGAUGGUUGCGUUGCAAAACUCUACUGUACAGUGCAACGUUGCAAAUUCAAGAGAUGACAACAGAUACAAGAGACUCAUGUGUAUGGUGGACCUUACAAAGGACUUCUUUUUCAGCUAUUCUUACAAUAUAAUGAGAAGUUACCAGAAGAAUAUAUGCAACUACGAGACGGGGCAUAUUCUUUAUGAGAAAAUGUUUGUCUGGAAUGAAUUCUUGACUCGAGGGAUUCGGCAUCAUGUUCGGAAUACCAUAUGGACUGUUGCAUUGGUUUAUGGUUUCUUUAAGCAGGCCACUCUUUCUGAAUCUGGAAGGAAUUUCAAGCUCACCCUUAUCGCUAGGCGUUCCCGUCAUAAUGCUGGAACCAGGUACUUGAAGCGAGGUGUAAACACAAAUGGCAAUGUUGCCAAUGAUGUCGAGACCGAGCAGAUAGUGUCUGAGGAUGUUCCUGAAGACCAUCCUAUGCAAAUUACUUCUGUUGUACAGAAUCGUGGCUCAAUCCCUCUUUUCUGGUCACAAGAGACCUCACGGUUCAAUAUAAAGCCGGAUAUAGUUUUGUCAAAAAAGGAGCCAAACUAUGAGGCUACUAGACUUCACUUUGAUAACCUUGUAGAACGAUAUGGAAACCCCAUCAUCAUUCUGAAUUUGAUCAAGACAAAAGAGAAGAGACCAAGGGAGUCGAUCCUUCGUUCAGAGUUUGCUAAUGCAAUUGACUUUAUAAAUAAAGAUUUGCCUGAAGAAAAUCGUCUGAGAUUCCUCCACUGGGACCUGCACAAACAUUUCCAGAGAAAAACAACAAAUGUUUUGGCCCUCCUCGGCAAAGUAGCUGCGUGUGCAUUGAUGCUAACAGGUUUCUUUUACCAUCAAGUCACACCAGGGAUGAAGUUUGAUGGUUACAUGAGCUUGUCUUCUUCUGAUGCUGACACUGAAGAUAAAUCUCCGCGCACUAAUUCUGAUGACGAUAAUGGGGAAUAUGAUAGCCUAGAGAAGAAAUCUAGCAGGAGUAAGAAUAUUUCUGAUGAAAAAUGUGAUGUCAAGCCACCCAGGCUUCAGACGGGUGUGCUACGAACCAAUUGCAUUGAUUGCCUCGACCGUACAAAUGUAGCACAAUAUGCGUAUGGUUGGGCUGCUCUUGGGCAGCAGCUUCAUGUUUUAGGGAUUAGAGAUGCUCCAGCCAUAGAACUUGAUGAUCCUUUGGCUAUUUCAUUAAUGGGGCUGUAUGAGAGAAUGGGAGACACACUAGCUCAUCAGUAUGGCGGAUCCGCAGCCCACAACAAGGUUUUCAGUGAGAGAAGAGGCCAGUGGAGAGCAGCAACUCAGUCACAAGAGUUCUUGAGAACCCUGCAACGAUAUUAUAAUAAUGCAUAUAUGGACGCAGAUAAACAAGACGCCAUUAAUAUAUUUCUUGGCACAUUCCAGCCUCAACAAGGAAUGCCAGCAAUCUGGGAGUUAGGUUCAAAUUCCCUCUCUAAUGGACGAAAUGGAGAGAUGAACAUGGGGGAAGAUGAAAGGUUUCUCACGAAAAGGUGCUUAUCAGAUGGUGAUUUUCUCCAUGAAAGUUGUACUCCUCUGUCAACCAUGAGUAGCAAGCAUGAAAGUAUGCCACAGAAAGGUUUCUCCGCGCCAUUACAUCAGAUGAGCCAUCUUCUUUCAGAGUCAUCAUCUGAUAUACCGGUUUCUGAUGAUGUAGCAUUAUUGAGGUGUUCUCCAUCAAUGCCUAGUAAACAGCUCUUCGGAGAUACUCAAAAGGUUCAUCAUUUUGGUAACGACCAAGUUUACUUUUCGGGCCCAGAAGACAUGUCUAGUGUCUCCAAUUUUGUUGAUAUUGAGUGGCUUUCUUCGUCGGAAAAUCAAUGCGAGAAUCAUGUAAUUGACAGAUCAUCAACAGAGAAGAUCAUUAAUGGAGUAGGACAAUCAGAACCAGCUUCAAGUGAUACUGGAACAAACAGCAGUAAGGGAAAGGAACCAAUUGGAACAAAGAUUCGUGAGGAUUAUACAGAUAGCUUCAAAGAAUGGGUAGCAGACGGUGAAGCACUCUGCCACUAA